GUGUGUCCAAGGAUAUUUAGGAAAAAAAGAAAAGAAUUAUCCAUCUCUCGUCGUUAUUGGUUGUGGCAGCCACACCCACCUUAUCCGCAAUCUCCUCUUUCUCUCCUAAAAUAAAGCUAUUAACCUUCUUUUUGCUUCUCUCAUCUCUGAGUCCAUUCACUUCUGUUGCAUCCUUCAACCUUACUCAUAGCAAAAAGGAAAUGGCUACAGCAGCGGCACCGGCGGUGGUUGCAUGGACAAGAGCGGGAGUCGCGUUCAAAUCCGGACAGUCACAGAGGAAAACGGAGAUGAAAAUUUCGUACGUGAGAGGACUAAAUUCUUACGGUGGUCUCAAGGCACAGAACAACAAGGUUGUCUCCAUGGGAUUACCGCUCUGCACCGAACAGUGCUUUGCCAAUGUCGUGAUGUCUCUCAAAGGGCGAACAAGUGGAAGUGGAGGAGCCUUAACCUCAACUUGUAACGCAGUCGGAGAGAUCUUCAAGAUUGCAGCAAUCAUGAACGCUCUUACUCUUGUUGGCGUUGCGGUUGGAUUCGUUCUCCUUCGAAUCGAAGCUUCUGUUGAGGAAGCUGAGUAAAUAGAUUGAACAAUCCUUUUCUUUAUAUUAAUAUAUAUUUGUUAUUGUUGUUGUCAAGCUUCUGGAUGCAUAUGAGACAUUUGUUUUAUGAAGCUCUUUUGUUCUUA